AGAGGAGUGCCGAGACAGCAAAUAGUCGCAAUAGGCGAGCCAACCCAAACUCUAGCCGUGUCGCCGCGCCUCCCGCACACCGGCGCCGUCGGCCCUCCACCGGGCAAUAUUGCCCCUCCCGGCCGGCCGCACCUGCCCUAUUUUCCAGUCAAGGUUCUCUGUCGUCCACGUCCAGGUUCAAGAAGAGAAGCGGAGACCUAAAGCCAGCGGGAGGAUGGAGGAACCUCGAUUCGAGGAAGAGGAAGAGCCGGAAGAUUACGAAAUCGCCUUGUUUCGUAAGGAGUGGGAUCUCUGCUAUGCCGCUGAUUACGGUCCCUUGGAGGCCACCACUGUGCGGCCCAUGCGCUAUACGUUUAGACCCAUCCCAAAGCAUGCUACUCGGGAGAUCGGAUUGCAGAUCUUCUCUGUUAAAGUCGCCAAACCCAAAGAGGAUGAAGACCUCCACUGGCCUCUGCACGUCUAUGGAUUGAUUGCUACAAGGGAUUCGGCAGAUCUUAGACGUAACCUUGUUUUCAACCGCACUAGAGAUAACUGCCAAAUCCUAACUCAAGAGGAUCCCUUCUUGCUUUUAACAGGCCCCUCUCGUUCAGUUGUGUUAAUCGAUCCAGUUAUAUUCGAAAUUCAACUGAAAGCAAAGUGUGAAACUGAGUCUGAGGAUAAAGUGCUCAACUUCAGAGUCCUUGGGUACAAACAGAACACUAAUUUUCAGGAGCCACCCUUCAUAGACAAAAUGUUUUCACACUGUAAACGAAGUAAGCUUGAGUUCGCAGUUGCACUGCUCUUUGAAUCAAUCGAGGCCACCAUCGUUGUGAGAGUUUUUCAGGGAUCAUGGCCGGAUCAUCUUCGAGGACGAGUUGUUUCCCGGACAGCCAGCAUCAGCCAUGGAGAUAUCGUGCUACUUGAUUCUCGUGAUGGACGAAUGCCUAUCGGUGAUUGGGGGGAUGUUUCGCUUCCAAGAUGCGUUGUUUCUGUGGAAUCAGAAGGGCAACUAAAAGUUGAUGUGGUGGCUUCACAUGUGGAUGAUGACAACAAUGUUGUUGCGAAAGAUGUUGUUGAUUUCAGACCUAAAAUGGCUGGCGUCAGUCAUGGCAUAUGUGACUUGGGCUUCUGUAAGAUGAAAAUCAGUGUUCUCUGGUCCCUUCCCUGCUACGUUGGUGAGGAAGUGGGAUUACAAAACAGGCCCUAGGCUAGCAGUGUCUAAGAUGUGGUGUUUCAUGUACAAAUGCGUCUGCUUGCUGCAAUUUAUCUAUAUAUUUCAACUCAGACCUUGUAUUCUUCAGAUGCACCUUGUAGUCCCAACUGUUAUUUGUCAUUGAUCAGUCUUUGCUAUACAUUUUGGUGGCUGUUGUAGAGCGCGCUGUAUGUUGGCUUA